GUAUUUCAGGCAUCCAAUCAAAAGGGCUGAUCUUCAGCUCUAGGUGUGAAACACAACCAGUGAUGUUUCCUGUUUCGUUGCUACAUAAGCACCACUUUGGUUGUCAUUUGGGUCAUAUGUAAGAACAAAUUCUCUUAUUGGCCUAUAAUGACGACUUCUAUCAAACCAAUAAUGGUACCUCAACUUGCACCUCAGCCGAUAUACUCACAUCCAGCCUUUGAUAGAUGUGCUUUACCUCCAGUGCGUACAUCUUAUCCACCUAACCAACUUCCUCUCUGUUUUGCGGCUCGACCAUAUAUCGGCAUGUACCAAACACUCAGUGGUAAUCAGUUUAUCUUUCCAUCAAUCACAAACGCUGGGACACAACCAAUGCAUGAGAUGCUACCAUUUGACAAGUAUGUUGCAGCUAGGCAUACGUUUCUGCAUCAACAGGAGCCAAAACCGAAUCACAGUUACAUUGCCCUAAUUGCAAUGGCAAUCAUGAAUUCACCAGAUAAAAAACUUAUACUCAGUGGUAUUUAUCAAUAUAUUCUUGAUAAUUACCCGUAUUUUCGAACAAGAGGCCCUGGAUGGAGAAACAGCAUUCGCCACAAUUUAUCCCUGAACGAUUGUUUUGUCAAGAUCUGCAGAAGCGCAAAUGGAAAGGGUCAUUUCUGGGCUAUACAUCCAGCAAACUUUCAUGAUUUUUCAAAAGGCGAUUUUCGUCGUCGCCGUGCACAGAGGCAGGUCAGAAAACAUAUGGGUUUGAUAACAGAAGACGAGGAUGAAAGUCCUUGUUCAUCCCCGGAACUUUCUAAACUAUCAGUAGACGAGCAACUUGAGUUAAAUCAAACAAGAACAACUGUUUCGUCCUCAGGAUCUUCAGGAAUACUUCCUAACCACGAUUGCCAUCCAAACAUCGUUUCAAAUAAAAUUGAUACCUGUAAGAACAAUAACAGCAAAAUUCGAAGAAAACGAAUGUUUGACAUCGAGAGUUUACUCGCUCCAAAUGAUGUUUACGUGCAACCUGACGAAGAGACUUCUUCCAAAAAGGUGAAAUUAUCGACUGAUGAAUUAAAUGUUAAUGGACAUGUGAAAUCAACUACAAAUUAUCAGCAACUUGCCAUCAAAAUAGAAGAUUGCCAGAACCAAGAUAACGUUAAAGUCAAGAUUGAACUGAACUAACUCUACAGAAGAAGACUCCUUGUAAAAAUUUCAUAUGUAAAUAUCAUUCAUCAAUUUUUAUUCGUUGAAAAAUUUCUUUAUUUAAAUUACAGAGAGUUUAUGGGUUUAAUAGAUUUUAUUCAAUCAAAUAGAAAAUGUAAACAUUCAAACUGUUUCCUGUUGUUAAAAAUUCAGAUGUUAUUGCAGAAUUUUAUUUGUUCUUUAAUAUUGUCUUUGAUUUUUAUUAAUUAAAUGUAAUUGACGCUUAUUUCGAACUAAUUUUAUGGCAAUACUAUAAUUGUAGUUUCUGGGCUGUAAAAAGAGAAACAUCCAUAUGAAAGCCACAAAUUCAGAUUUAUUUUAGCACCAAAUUCAAUAUAUUAUUUUAAUUUCAAUAUAAAAAAAUAUAUGUAAACCCGAAAAGUUUGUCAAUAAAAUAUGGUAGAAUGUUGGUAAAAGCAGAA